CUGAAUUCAUGGAUUUUCAGAUCAAAUGACCGAUUUUAAAGUUCUUGAGACCGAUUCCAAGCCAAUCUGAAUCAAAAUAUGCAGAGACCGAUUCCAUCACUCAUUCCCGUUUUUUUAAAACCCUGUCAGAUGAGAAAGAGAUUCAAUCUAAUAAUAGAGAGAGAGAGAGAGAGAGAGAGAGAGAGAGAGAGAGAGAGAGAGAGAGAGAGAGAGGAUGGUAUUCUUGUGCUGGAAUCGCCCGUCUCUAAAGGAUCAGAAGGACUGCAUUAACAAGUCAGGUAGCUUCAACUACGACACCAAAUACAGAGGCGCAACCGCUAAACCCCUUUCUUCUCUCCUACAAGACGGAGAGCUCGCAAAAGAUGGCUUCUUCGUCAACCACUCUCGCGUUCUAGUUGGGUCUGGUCUCCCUACCUACGAGAAAGCUAAGACCGCUCUUCAGAGCUGGAGGCAUUUCGCAUUGAAUUGGGCAUUCGUUAAUCCCAAGACUCCAAUUCGAACUGAAACCAAGUUCUGCGUCUGUACCAAGCAAUUUCUACCGUGGGUGUUGAUGCCUCUCCAGGUGUCUUACGUUACCGAAGGUAGUGAUCGGGAGAAGCUCAAGGCCUCUUUUGGAUUCGGCAGUGGAACCCUUCAAGGUCACCUGCUGGCUGGUGAAGAACGAUUUUCAGUUGAGAUGGAUGCGAACGACCAAGUUUGGUAUGAGAUCCUUUCCCUCUCAAAGCCUGCCCAUUUCCUGUCUUCUAUUGGCUACCCAUAUGUACAAUUCCAGCAAAAGUAUUUUGCUCACCAGUCGGCCAAUGCUUUUAUAAAACAUGUCACUGCUGAAACACCCCCAUUGUAAUUGUGUUAUGGUUGACUUAUUCUGUUAGACAAAAGUGUAGAAUGGAAAUUUCAGUUUGGAGAAACGCGGUUCACUAAGUGAGAUCCAAUUCCUGCAAA